CACACGUACUUACAGCUCUUCCAUAUUACUCCCAUCGCUGCUACUCCUCCUCAUACUUUCUCCUCCAUCCCUACCUUAACUUCGAUCAGCAAAACUCUGUAUACUCUGGAUAAUACAUUGCUAUUCGACAUACAAUGUCUUCCUCGCCUUCCAUACUGCAACUCCAGACGCAGGCUGCCACUGGUGCCAGGCCCGUCAACAUGACUACAAUGUCCAAGUCAAAUAAGAGCGAUGACAGUCUCGAUUUGAUAUCAAGAAGCGCUUCUGCCUCGCCAGAAUCCUCCCUCGACAUCGUCCGCUGUUCGCGAUGUCAACGAUCCCUGAGCAUCGACACCUCUUCACAUGCAGGCCCUAGUGGAGUGGUCAGAUUCGGCGUCAAUUCUUACUAUUGCACGAGAUGCGCCAACGCAGUCGGCUUCGGCAAGUCAUACCUGCGUUGAACCAGUUGUUACUUCGAACCAAAGUUUUACACUUUCCAUCAACAUUACACAAUACCCACGAAGCAUCCGGAUUUUCGGAAAUCACAUUGCACGAUCGGAUCUGAAGAUGAGGCGAUCUUAGUAACACGCCA